GGUGGUGAAUGGGCGGGGCAACUGCGGGGGCGGGGGUGGUGCCGGCGCCGCGAUCCUGGCCCCAGCAGUCUCCGGACGAGGAAGGAUAAGAACAUGGGCGCUCGCAGAAUGGAAACAGACUAUAAUCCCGUGGAGCUAAGCAGUAUGUCUGGAUUUGAAGAAGGCUCCGAGCUCAAUGGGUUUGAAGGAGCGGAUAUGAAGGACAUGCAGCUGGAGGCCGAGGCAGUUGUAAACGAUGUACUCUUUGCUGUCAACCACAUGUUUGUCUCAAAAAGCAUGCCCUGUGCAGAUGAUGUGGCUUACAUCAAUGUGGAGACAAAGGAAAGGAACAGAUACUGCCUGGAGCUCACAGAAGCAGGGCUCAGGGUGGUGGGCUAUGCUUUUGACCAGGUGGAGGAUCAUUUGCAAACCCCCUACCAUGAGACAGUCUACUCCUUGUUGGAUACUCUCAGCCCUGCCUACCGGGAAGCAUUCGGAAACGCGCUCCUUCAGAGACUGGAAGCUUUGAAACGAGAUGGACAGUCAUGACUCAUGACUCAUCUUCCUCCUAAUGGGGCCGCUGCUGGUAUAGAAUCUAACAUAAGGCUUGACACCCUUGCGUACAGUCACUGUAGAAAGCGCAUCAUUCAUUGGCUUUGUGUGUUCGCCAUUCCUUCACACGCAGGCUUUUGACUCCCAGCGUAAUUGAGUUGUCUUAGUUUCAGCUUCAUGGAAGGGGAUUUAAUUUUGAGACCAUUGCUCUGACACUCCCAUUCUGAGUUUCACACCCAGCACUCUGCAUUUCAAUCCCUAGUCAGCUCUUCAUUCUCCUGUUACAGGGCUUCAAUGCUGCCAGCACUCUUUUACAUAGAAAAUUCUAGAUUUGCACAGUGAUACAGAAAUUAGAAUCACCUAACUUCAGACCUGGAUUCAGCCUGCUAAAUCAGGGGUUUACUACUAGCUUGGAGUAACUUUGUAGUGGUUAUUUUGUACCUGGCCUUAUUGGAAACAAACUGUCAACUAGUUUCCCCUGCACAAAUUCUGAAAUGUACUGCUCUGCUUAAUCUAGUCACAUGACCAAGUGGGCUGGUGAAGAUGGGUUGCUCAUCUGUUUCUUAACUAAGAUAAAAUGGAAGGCAGGGACAGAAAUCGUUCUCCAUUCCUUGUUUGCAACAGCCAGCCAGCCUAGAGCGGACAGACCAUUCGCAAAUGAAUGUAACAAUUACUCAUCUCCAUGAUGUCUAAGCACAUGAGCAAAUAGAGGAACAGGCCCACCUCAUCCUCCAGUGUGGAUCUCUUCAAAGGAAGAAGAUCCUGGUUUCCUAGGAAACGGUAUUUUGGCCUGUGUUGAUUCUUACUCUGAAUGUUUGUUUACAAUGUACAGUAUAUAUAUAUAUAUAUGCACAUAUAUAUUCAGAACGUAUUUUUGCUUCAAUGCUUACUUUCUAUAAAGCAGUGCUUUGGUAUUCCUACAGCGCCCUUCUUCCCCAGCAGUUGGACAGUGCUCUGUCUCAUUGCCACAUGAACAGUGUAACAUGAGUGCAUUGUAUGGUUCGAAACCAAAGGAUGAAUGAAGCAUUCAGAAACUUGAUAUUUAAAAAAGAGAUGCUCUGUAUUUUAUAUUUUAUUACAGUCCCCGGUGUUUAUAAACGUAAUAAAGUCCUCCGUGCUGCUGCAUGUUUUCCAGUAUGUGACAAACAGAAAGGACCUGGCUCUGUUCUAGUUGUCACCCAGAGCUGCCUCAGCUGCCACCGUCUGCAUCUGGGCACACCUUCAUACACUGGUCAUCAGCAGAUGUUUUUGUCGUUAGUUUGCAAAGGGCAUUUUUAGCCUCUGAAGACCAUGGGAGGAAAGGUGAAGGGUAGAGCCCUUGCCUGUCGUGGGUAAGCACCCAGCCCUGUCCUGAGGAUCUAAACAGUCUUAAAAUGCUUCUGGGGACCAGGCUUGGUAGAGUUCCCUCUGCAUUGCCAAUGCCACCGAGAGUUCACUGGGUGUUUGACCCUGGCUUUACAAGACUCUUUUUCUGGUGUGAUGUCUGGUUGCCUGCAGUGUGCACAGUGAAGCCCAGCCUCAGGCUCUCUUUCUGGUGUGAUGUCUGGUGUGAUGCCUGCAGUGUGCACAGUGAAGCCCAGCCUCAGGCUCUCUUUCUGGUGUGAUUUCUGGUUGCCUGCAGUAUGCACAGUGAAGUCCGGCCUCAGGCUCUCUUUCUGGUGUGAUGUCUGGUUGCCUGCGGUGUGCACAGUGAAGUCCGGCCUCAGGCUCUCUUUCUGGUGUGAUUUCUGGUUGCCUGCAGUGUGCACAGUGAAGUCCGGCCUCAGGCUCUCUUUCUGGUGUGAUGUCUGGUUGCCUGCGGUGUGCACAGUGAAGCCCGGCCUCAGGCUCUCUUUCUGGUGUGAUGUCUGGUGUGAUGCCUGCAGUGUGCACAGUGAAGCCCUGCCUCAGGCUCUCUUUCUGGUGUGAUGUCUGGUUGCCUGCAGUGUGCACAGUGAAGCCCAGCCUCAGGCUCUCUUUCUGGUGUGAUGUCUGGUGUGAUGCCUGCAGUGUGCACAGUGAAGCCCAGCCUCAGGCUCUCUUUCUGGUGUGAUUUCUGGUUGCCUGUGGGGUGCACAGAGAAGCCCGGCCUCAGGCUCUCUUUCUGGUGUGAUGUCUGGUUGCCUGCAGUGUGCACAGUGAAGCCCGGCCUCAGGUUGAACUUUCUUGUGCUUAAUCUCAGGCUAACAUUUUAAAAAAUGAUGUUUGUAGAGUUUAAAUAAAAUUAUUUACUUGAUUUUGAGUUGAGCAUAAAGCAGUCAUGCUUAAAAACUGAAA